AAGCUUAUGUGGAAAAAACACCACACUGAAUUGAUGACAUGGCAACAAAUUCAUUCCAUAAAGCUAUUGGCAACAGUAGAGAGGCCUAAUUUUGGUUGGCAACAGGGAGCUCAAACGGACCCUCCACGAAGCUACUUCAUCAAGGAAUUUGAAAAGAAAAUAACUCUUUCCAAAUCAAAUCUAGAAGUCAAAUCUCCUGUUGAUCCCGAAUCUGACCUUGCUUACUUGCAAUUUGGAGAAGAGGAAGAGGAGGAGGAGGAGGAGGAAGAGGAGGAGGAGGAGGAGGAGGAGGGGUACGUGAUGGGUUACAAGAAGGAGAGAGAAAAGGAGAUGCGUAUCUACAGGAUUUGGGUGUUGUUUAGUCAGAGAGGAAUGGAUGCGAAGAUGAGGAAUGGGGAGAAGACGAAGAUAAAGGGAAGAAAGAGGAAAGGGGAGGAUGUCAUAGUGCCGAAGAUGAACGUCAAUGGUAGUGGACCUGUCGUCCUGCGAACCUAAGCAGGGAAUCUCACUUCUCUUCCACGGUCAUCCAAUGUUUCGUAGUCAUGGAAUGAAAUUGUUGCCAUGUCUUCAAUUGAGUGUGAUGUUUUUUCCACAUAAACUUAUGAAAAUUAA